AUGAGUUUGGCGGGUACGGAGAGCUCGGAAGAGGGUGCAGUGCAUCCAGAGCCACCUGAUCCCGAUGUUCUUGAGAUUGAUCCUACUUGUCGUUACAUCAAGUAUAAAGAAGUGAUCGGCAAAGGCGCCUUCAAAACUGUUUACAGAGCAUUUGAUGAGGUCAAUGGGAUUGAAGUUGCAUGGGGUCAGGUUCAGAUUGACGAGGUGUUGCAGUCACCGGGUGAUUUAGAUAGGCUAUACUCGGAAGUGCAUUUAUUGAAAUCGUUACGGCACAGUAACAUAGUAAGGUUCUACAAUUCGUGGAUUGAUGAUAAGCGCAAGACUGUUAAUAUGAUUACUGAGCUGUUUACGUCGGGUAGCCUCAAACAGUAUCGGAAAAAACACAAGAAGGUUGACUUGAAGGCUGUCAAAGGAUGGGCUAGACAGAUUCUGAUGGGUUUAAACUACCUCCACAGUCACAAUCCACCAAUUAUACACAGGGACUUGAAAUGUGAUAAUAUAUUUAUCAAUGGUCACCAAGGAGAAGUUAAAAUCGGUGAUUUGGGGCUGGCGACUCUCUUGACUCGGGCUAAUGCUAAGAGUGUUAUAGGAACUCCAGAGUUUAUGGCACCUGAAAUGUAUGAUGAAAAUUACAACGAAUUAGCUGACAUAUACUCAUUUGGCAUGUGCAUGCUUGAGUUGGUGACUUCUGAGUAUCCUUACAGUGAAUGCAGAAAUUCAGCGCAGAUAUACAAGAAAGUUUCAUCGGGUAUAAAGCCUGUUGCUCUUUCAAGAGUGAUAGAUCCCGAGAUAAAAUCAUUUAUUGAAAAAUGUCUUGUUCCAGCCACCCAAAGAAUGUCAGCAAAGGAGCUUCUGAUGGACCCCUUUGUUCAAGUGAAUGGUUCGGCAAAGAACAUUUCUUUUCCAUUGCCUGAUAUUGUUCUUCCCAAACUGGGAGCCUCUGAAAACAGAGGUAUGAUUGUUGAGAUAAGAAGGUUGAAGGGUGGUGAUACCUUCUUUCUAAAAGGUGAUCAAAAUGAUGAGAAUUCUGUAUCAUUAGUUCUUCGAAUAGCCGAUCAGAAAGGACAAGCAAGAAAUAUCCAUUUCAUCUUCUACCUUGACAGUGAUACUGCUGUCUCAGUUUCCAAGGAAAUGGUUGAGCAACUUGAACUUGCUGAUCAGAAUGUAAAAUUUAUCGCCGAGUUAAUCGAUUUGUUAUUGAUGAAAUUGAUUCCUGAAUGGAAACCUUGUGUAGCAAUCGAUCAUUUAGCCUCUGUAACUGGUAAAUGGACUAAUGUUAGCCAACAGAGAGACUCAAAGUUGGCUAAAGACAAAGGAAUCUCUAAACAAUCCACUGAAGAUGCAGGUCCCUCAACCUCCUAUGGAACAACAGCUGCAAAAGAGAACGUCGACAAUAUGGAUAUAUGUUCUGAGAUGUCGUAUGCUUCUGCAACAUCAGACAUCAACGAUAAGUUUUCAAUGGUUUCAUUCAUGUCUGCUGAAUCAGAGUUUGAUGGAGGGAGUCAGACCUCAUUUGCAUCUGAAACCGGGACAUCGUCUGAUUAUAAGAGCAAGAUUUUAGACAUGGGAAGCAACAGUGUGAUGAGCUGCUCAAGUUAUCCCCUGAGUGUUUCUUCCUUGUCCGAACUCGAUGAUGAGUUGAGAGAAGAGUUAGAAAUGAUUGAACAGCAAUACCAAGAGGCAAUUAAAGAUUUAUCCAAAAGACGAAACACGGCCAUCGAGGAAAUUAAAAAGAGAAUGGCAGAGAAGAUGUUAGUAUCAUAG